CUCUCAUUCUGUAAAUAAUUUGGAUAUAAUAUAAGUCUGGUCUGAAAAUUUAUCAAUAAAAGAAAUAAAUAAAACAUACAUAUAUUUCUUGAAAUAAUUUACUAUUUCACAGAUUGGCUUGAGGUUCAACUGUGUAAGAUGGUUCCUAUGCGGGCAGCUCUGUUGUGCUUAAACUUGAUUUGCGUUCUGCAUAUAGGAAAGAGUGCCCUGAAGACUGAAGAUUGGAUGACGAAAAACAUAGAAUGGCUUGGAAUAUUGACACUAAAACAGCUCUGUUUGGCUGGAACACACAAUUCUGGAAUGAAUCAAAUCACUGGAGGAACUCCAAAAGCCAAGCCCUGUAAAGUAUUAACCCAAGAUCUGACCGUCGGAAAGCAGCUAGAAAAUGGGAUCAGGUAUUUAGAUCUGAGGCCGGUCUUAUCCGAAGGAAUAUUUACGAGUGGAAACUUCAUGCUUACAGAAAAAAACAAAUGGGAAGGAGCAAAUGGACAGUCCAUUGAAUCAAUCAUAGAAGACGUCAAUAACUUUACUAGCCAAUAUAAUGAAUUCAUCAUCAUCAACUUGUCACACAGUCUCAAUAUGGAUGGUGACACAGAGCCUAGGAAGUUCAAUCAAAAGGAUUGGGAUCAACUGUUCGAUCUUCUCAACAGUACUGAAAACCUGUUUCACUCCAAAGCAACAUUACACCUAGAAACCAUUACUUUGGGAGAAAUAACCAACAACGGCUCGAGAGCCGGGGUCAUCUAUGUCUUUUAUGACCAGGGCACUGGAGUUGAUCUAGGAGAACUUGCUGGAAAAGGGUUCUUCUAUCAUAGAAAUUUACAUCUCUUUCAAAGCGAAUCAGAUACGCAUGAUCCUUUAAUCAUGAUCGACCAACAGAUAUCGUUAAUGGAGAAAGUUUCUCACAAUAGGUACUUCUUGAUGUCUUUUAUAAUAUCUCAAAGUCCUACUAAAGUAACUGUAUGUUCCAAAAGAAGAAACCACAGAGAACUUGCACAAAAGACCAAUACAAAAUUGAAAGGUAUCUUGAAAUAUGUGUCAAACGAUAUACAUCCCAACAUCAUAAUUGUAGACUAUCUUGCAGAUUCUAAUGUAGCUGAAGUGGCAAUGACCAUCAACGUUAGAUGGCUUACUAAAACAGCCUUGGAUUCAUUCAUUAAAAAAAAGGCAAUAAAAUGGAAAUGAAUGUAGGAAGUUAUAAAAAAAUCAUGCUCACGAUACCUAAAAUAGAAUGUUAAAUAAGAGCUUUCUGUUAAUAUAUUACUUCCCUGUUUGCAGAUAUAACACACUCGGUUUUACUAAGUAUGAAGAUAGUGACUUUCAUAACACUAAAAUAGUAACAAACUAUUUUAUUUAAAGCCUAGAAAGAAAAAGAUAGAAAAGGCUAUAGAACAAUGUGGUAGAUACAUAAUGUUUUGAUAAAAGAAGAAAUAUUAAGAACAAUAAACUAUAUAAACGGAGUAUAAGUAAGUAAAAAGACCCUAAACUAAAGUAAAUAACAAUUAUAACGUUAUUACUUAUUACGUUAUUACGUUAAUUACUUAUAACAACUAUAAAUAAAUAAACAAUUAUUGUAGAUAAUUGGAAAUAGGAAAAAACUGAAAUUAAUAAGGAGGAUGGAUAAUAUAAAUAAUAAUGGAUAAAAUCCUACAGAGCUCAAGGAGGGAUUGAAAGAAAAAACAAAAUAAUAAUAAGUAAUAAGUAGUUUGCACAUCCAAAUAAUUCUCCCCACUGCGUCCAACCUUCCUUCCUAAUUUCCUUGAAAUUUAAGGAAAAGAAGUUAUGAAGAAAAAGAAACAUUAUUUGAGAAUAACUAUACAUUUUACAUAAUAAAUAUAAUUUAUUUUAAAGAAUAAAUAUACAUUUUUCUUGAUUGUACCCAUGAUAACUAUAAAUAUUACCGAAUUACUUACAAAAAAAACAAAAAUUAUAGAAAUCAAUUAGAAAUUUUAAAAAAUUUGUACCGGCCGAAGGAGUAAAGUGUAUUCAAAUAUUUCUUUAAGGAGAAACAGAGUUGAUAUUUGUAUUUCGCAGCUGGGAAGACCCUCAAAUAUGAAAUUCCAUAGCAUUCGAAAUAUAAAAAAAAAUGUUAUACGAAUUGGAAUAGAGGCACACACCCCUCGAUUUCUUUUCGAAAAUAACAAAAAGGGUGAUAACUUCAAUAACCUUACACCUAUCCACACAAAAUGACACAAACUAUACCCCUGCUAAAUAAUUUAGAGCUGAAGUCAUAAAAUAAAAACCUGUUAGGAGUUUUUAUUUAUUUAUUCUUUUUGGACAGGUUAAAUCGAAAACUUAUCUAUAUGGUUUUGAAGAGCAAUAAUUCAGCUUUCCAACCAUUGAAGAAACAUUAUAUUAGGCAAAAACAUCACAAAGAAAAGUAAAAUCGUUGUCAUAGCGACUAUUUCAGCACAGCUCUUCUAUCUUAUAUAUUAUUUCUAAACGAUGUUUUUGUUGUAAAGCGUUAACUUCGACAAUUCUUCAUCAAAUCUAAUGAUUGAGUCCUCAUUUUAAAGAUCUUCUUCAUCUUCAUGUGGGAAAAAUAGUCACAUACGCCAGAUAUUUAAGGAAAAAAGUUGAGAAGGAAAAGAAACUAUAUCUGUGAAUAACUCACAAAUUAUGCAUUUCUUUUCUUGAUUGUACCCAUGAUAAUUAGAAAGAUUACUAAAUUACUAAACUACUAUACUAAGAUUACUAAAGAUUACAAAACAAAAAAAAUAGGACAAUUAUUAACAAAGAUACAGUCCAUUAGUUUUGGUAUACUUAAGAUACUGCAUUUAAUAUUCUACUACCCUUUUUUUCCUGGAUAAUAUAUGCUUUAUUAUUUCUUAAAGGCAUUCUUUGUUUGUACAUUUUAUAUUUUUUAAUAAUUUAGAAAACUCAUGAGACUUCAUUUUGAAUGUUACCUUUCCAGUCAGCAUGUAGAAAUAGGUCCUAGCAAAGCCAUUUCUACAGAUAUUUUGGUCUAUUAUAUUAAAUGGAAUAUUGUAAUCUAUCCAUUAAAAACAAUUAAUUCCUCCAAAACAUAAUACAUAGGAUCUCCUUAUUUCCAUAUUGUUUUGAUAUUCCUUCACAAAAGAAAAAUGUCUGUGAAUUAUUUGGACCUGCUAACU